AGCGGUGACACCAAGCUCCUCUGGCUGCACUGAGUCGCUGCAGGGGAGGACGGACAGACAGAGGGACACCGGGGCUGCAGCCACCCAGGGACACCUGUGGGGUGAGCGUCAGCUGCGGAGCAUCCUGUCCCCUCUUCAUCAGCCAUGUCCCUGGUGGUGAAGGAGAAGAACCACGUCCGGUUGGUCUUCUUGGGAGCGGCCGGCGUGGGCAAGACGUCCCUCAUCCGCCGCUUCCUGAUGGACACCUUCGAGCCCAAGCACCGGCGCACGGUGGAGGAGCUGCACAGCAAGGAGUACGAGGUGUGCGGGGCCACGGUCAAGGUGGAAAUCCUGGACACCAGCGGCAGCUACUCCUUCCCGGCCAUGAGGAAGCUCUCGAUCCAGAACAGCGACGCCUUCGCCCUGGUCUACGCCGUGGAUGACGCCGAGUCCUUCGAGAGCGUGAAGAGCCUGCGGGAGGAGAUCGUGGAGGUGAAGGAGGACAAGUUCCCCCCCAUCGUGGUGGUCGGCAACAAGGCGGAGAGCGGCGGCGAGCGGCAGGUGCCGGUGGAGGACGCCCUGUCGCUGGUGGAGCUGGACUGGAACAGCCGCUUCCUGGAGACGUCUGCCAAGGACAACGAGAACGUCCUGGAGGUGUUCAGGGAGCUGCUGCAGCAAGCCAACCUGCCCAGCCGGCUCAGCCCUGCGCUCUGCAAGAGGAGGGAGACCCUGCCCAAGGAGCAGGCGCUCAGGCCGCCCAUGAACAAGACCAACAGCUGCUCCGUGUGCUGAGCC